AUGUCCUUCGGCGGUGUGAACACUUUUCAGCAAUACUCUACAGAUUUCGGACUAGGUCAUAAUGGUGUCAGAGUGUCGUUCAACUACUUCGACGGUAUUCCUGAGCCAUCGUUGUUGAAUGCUUUAGCUUCGAAUGAGUUGAAAUUGAUCUUCAAAUCUUUGUUAAAGAGGGAUGAAACCACUAAAGAAAAGGCACUAGGUGAUUUGCUCAAGCUAAUUGAGAACUACAAUGAACAUUCGUAUUUGUUUGAUGAUGAUAUCUUCUUUCUUUGUUGGUCGCAGGUGUACCCAAAGCUACUGGUCAGUGAGUCCAAAGCUAUCAGAAUUGGCUCUCAUGUCGUCACAGCGAAGCUGAUAAAAUUACUCAACAAAAGGAUCUCCAAAUUCUUGAAGGAUCUCGUUCCCUUGAUUCUUAUGGGGGUAUGCGAUACGGAUUUAUCAGUAAGCAAAGCAAGCGUUACACAGCUCAAUGAUGUCUUCGAUAAUGAUUCCAACAAGGUCAGUUCAUUGUGGUUUAUGUUUCAAGAAUACAUUCUCAACGUCAUCCACGAAAUUAUAGUUAAAGAAAAUGAAGAAACCAUAUCUGAUGAGCGGUUCAUUGGUAAAGAAGACUCCCAACUGCGAUUCAACCGUCUAAUUACUAGUGCGGUUUAUCUUUUGACCAAUUUGACAGAAUCUGAUAAGUUCGAUUCGAAAAAGCACAAAGACAUUUACCAUGAUAUAGUGAUGACUGAAAGUCUGUGGAAACUAUUGAACUUGAAAAAUCUGCAUUUUUUGAAGAGUUACGAGGCGGCACUGCGAUUGCAGCAGUCUUUAUAUACUGGUGGUUAUCUGACCACUCACAAGGACGUUUUGAAGAUUUCAACAAGGAAGCUGUUGAAAUCGCUAUCGCAAGUUAGUUCUAAGAACGUUCUCAAGGUUGCUCAGCUGACAGGUCUGAUCUUGGAUACAUUGACCAUGCUGAACGACUACAAAGACGGCAGAAUUUGGUCAUACGAUAAGUCCUCCAAAGAAAAGCUACUCAACUUUCUGAAUAUUGCAUCAAAGAAGCCGUCUCCUGGUUUUUUCAACAGCAUGUUUAAGUUUUACCAAAAGACCAAAGGGAAUGGACUAAUCGACGUUAAAGAUUGGCUCCCAAUAUGGAGAGGAUCCGUCAAAGCGCUCAAUGAAAUGCCUUUCCUGGGAAGAUUUGGUGCUGAGCUAUUAGGAGAGUUAUGGAACAACUAUAGGAAAUUUGUCAGCGAUUCGAAUCAGGGAGGAGUUAAUGAGAUAGUAGAAGAAGACAUUCUCCAGACUCUGACUUCUGUUAAGCAACUGCAAACUCUGCCGGCUCUGAAGGUUGAAUUAAGGAAUAUCUUUGAGCCUAAGCGCUUAGCACUUAAGAUUGGAGAAGUCCUAUGCACAGAUGGGAACGAGGAAUCUCCUCUGCUCAACAAUUUAGUGGUCCUACUUUCCAUGGGUCCUGAAAAUCAAAACGAAUUGAAGGAAACCGCUAAAAACAUGCUAGAGUCUUUGUCAGGUUGUCAAGAAGGUUUUACCGCCAAAGAUCUCAAGAUUAUGAAUGUUUAUGAUUAUUUCAUCAAAGAGGGUGUACGUUGUCUUGCUCAUGAGGUAUCACAAUUUGUGUAUGAGGUGCCAACCUGGAUUGAAGCAGCUACAUACGAAAAAUCAGCCAAAAUCAUGAUCGACUACUCUAGAUCUGCAUUCAUGGAAAACAUCGAUGAUUAUGUCCCCAUUAUGGAUGAUUUUAUUACAGCUGCUCUAUCAGCUGACAUAUCAGAGGAUAAGGUCAUUAAGACACUUAACAACCUAAGAGAGGAUGUAUCGCUGGCAGUAUUCUCGUCACCUGUGGUGCAAGAGUUUGUCGCGCAUUACAUCGAGUCGUUUGACUUUAAUGACAAUGGCGAGGUCUUUAAAGGGCCCUUAAUUAACGAGAACAAUGUCUCCCAAUUAUAUGAGAAAGCUGUUUACAGCAAACACCUCGAAGACUUCUUACAUCAUCUCCCUGGUUUAAGUACUCAUGCAUUACAAUCACUAUUCGAGAAGUCUGAUUUAAUGUCAGAUUACUUAUUCGAUAUUCCGCAAGUUGAAACGAAGAAGCUGUAUCGCCUGGUACAACCUUUUAUCAAUUCUAACAUCAAAAUUACCCAGAAACUUGCCAGCGCGAUUAGAACUUAUGCAACGAAGAUGUCGUUGAAAUCAUCCAAUCCAUUAUACCUGGAAUAUGCUGUCGACCUCGCCACAUCGAAAGGCGAAAACCUUGGCUACUUUUUACCUUUUGAUGUUGACAUCGAGUUCUCGAAGAACGUUCCAUUUGUGGAUUCAAGGUUAUCACUCCUCAGCACUUUAGGGCUAAAUGCUCAUCUCCUUAAGAUAUCUUCUGAUCAGUUAAACUUACCGGCAAUCGAGCAGUUCGUAAGAUAUGGAAUGUUUCUGGAUGCCUUUGUUACUAAAGUCCCAGGUAUUUUAGAUUACAAAUUGAGCACAUAUCUCACAAUGGUGGCAGAACUGGCCGAGGAUUUUAAUUGCUUGUCUGAGAGACCGAAUGAAGACUAUCAUGAUUUCACAAACACUCUGUUCAGGUCACAAUCUUUUAGUCUUCCCUUUGAGCGAAUCAUUGAAUGUGUCACUGGCACAACUACAGAGGAUGAUGGAGAGUUGACUGUGAUUCGUAACCUUAUUUCUGAGUCCUCGUCAUCUACAAUUACAUUCUACCGCCUUCGAAUCUUCCACAAAAUACUACAGAACGAAGCGGAUGUCAUCUCUUCAGCAACCUUCACUCGACUCUUUCCUAAAAUCGAAGCAUACAUUGUUUCUGUAAUCAGGGGAAAGCAGGUUAGUUCCCAUGAUUACUUAUUGGUUGCGUCAAUGCUUUCGGCAAUGGAAAAGUUCAAUGGCCUGGACUUGUUUACUAAGCUGAGAAAUAUGCUCGCAGCAGAAUGUGUCGGAUCUAGAGAAGAUGAGCUAGUAAAGAGGUCUCAUAAGCUCAUCAUAUUGCUCAAUAACCUCCUUAAGAGUUGGGACAAGAAAAGUUCAUCAAGCCCAGUGGCACCACAAAGACUGAAUAUGAUGCUCAGCUCAUUAAGACAGUGGCUGGAUAGUGAUAUUGCAUUUGAGCCUGAAUUUUCCACCAUCAGGUUGGUCUUGCUCAGGCUGUGUACGCUCCUGAUCCAGAUUCCCUCCAUAAGGGAAGGCUCCCGAAUUUUAGGCGAAGUUUCUGCAAGAUUGCUGAUCGAUUCCUUGACAAUGUGUCAGUUGGAAGAAACAGAGUAUUUAUUCGAACUUCGUUUCCACUGCGUGAAGCUUUACGAGCAGCUAAUUGAAGAUUCUAAGGCUAUGAGUUCUGAAAUUUCGGAAGGUGUUGAUGCUGCUUUAAUCGAGCUGUGCCUAAUCCAUUGGCCAGCGGAAAGAAACAACCAGAUCUCAUCAAUUUUUAAUCGCACGCUAUUCAAAAUCAUGGAGAGCUUCAAUCCUAAAAAAAUGAUCGAGUAUUAUCCGCAAUUUCUCAGCGCUUUCAUCGACAUUGAUCCCCGCCAUAACAUCAACAGAACAAGGCUUUUGCUAGGUCAGCUCGAGAGAAUCGUCAUAGAGAAGCAAAAAGAUGCUUUCAUUGAGUAUGAGUUCAGAAACCAGCAGGCGCUUUCAUCGAAGGGGCCUCAGGAUGAUGAGGAUCUAGAAGAAGAUGGGUCAGCAAAUGAUGAAUUUAAACUUCCAGCAGCAUUGAUAGAGAAGUUGAGUACCGAAGUCCCGCAAGAUUAUUUGGAAAGUGAGAAUGAGCUUGAAUUUUUGAAAUACCUGUGGUAUUGGGAUUUGACUUUUUGCUUCUUCAACGAGGUAUCAUAUAAUCUACGUCAAUUGUUCAUCGACCAGUUGAAGAGCAAAAACUUGAUUACUAGUUUCUUUGAUUUCAUUGCGGACCAAAUUGAUAUGCAGGAGACGAAGUUUUGGAAAGAUGCUGGAACUGAUGCAAUCCUGAAGUAUGAUGUCUCGGAAACCGGCUUCUCGCCUUAUAGAGAAGAAAUAUUUGCUGAAUGUAAAAGACUACUAGGACAUUCUAUGUAUCGUCUCUUCGUCAACGUUGGAUCAUUAACAAGUGGCUGGUGGUUAAACAUCAAGGACAGGUCGCUCCAAGCAAAAAUUGAAAAAUUUGUCUCCCAAUUCAUAACGCCCAUUCUAAUAGAAAAAGAGCUUGAGGAUGUCACCAAUAAAAUGGAUAAGCUCAAAUCGAAUGAUGAUGCUCUAACAAUCAGGAUUAACAAGGUAACGAAUGAAGUUAAGGCCAGUUAUCUAAUUGACGAGCAGAAACUUGAACUCUCUUUCAAAUUACCUUCCAAUUACCCUCUGACUAACGUCCAAGUCAUUGGAGUUUCCCGUGUUGGUAUCAGUGAGCAGAAGUGGAAACAAUGGAUUAUGUCCGCACAGAGAGUUAUCACUGGAAUGAACGGCACUGUAAUGGAUUCGAUGGAGCUUCUCACGAGGAAUAUUAAUUUGCAAUUUUCAGGUUUCGAAGAAUGUGCAAUUUGUUACUCUAUUUUACAUGCUGUGGAUAGGAAACUGCCUACCAAAACUUGUCCUACUUGUAAUAAUAAAUUUCACGGCGCUUGUUUAUACAAGUGGUUCAGGUCAUCAGGAAACAAUACCUGUCCGCUCUGCCGUAGUGAGAUUCCAUUUAGAAAAUGA